CCCGGAAUACGACACGAUCCGGUCGGUAGGGCUGCUCCCGGCUCCAGAGGAGGCGAUAGAGAAGGAAAAGCCGACGAGAGAGGGGCGAGAGAGAGAGAGAGAGAGAGAAGUGACGGGAAGGGAAGGAAGGCGACCACGCUUCCUUUUCCGAUUUCUUUCUUCUUUGUUUUUGAUCUAAUCUUAGGAAGAAGAAGCAUCGUUGACGCUUUUGAUCCAUCCUUCGCUCCCUCCCUCCGUUUGUUGAUCCUAGAGUCGGAACGAGAGGAGUGCUUUCGAUGGCGCCGGGGCAGGGAACGCAGCAGCAGUUCCGGUAUACGCAGACGCCAUCGAAGGUGCUGCACGUCCGGAACCUGCCGUGGGACAGCGCCGAGGAGGAGCUCGUCGCCCUGUGCAGGCCAUUCGGCAAGAUCGUCAACACCAUGUGCAACGUCGGCGCCAACAAGAACCAGGCCUUUGUAGAAUUCGCUGAUCUUAACCAAGCAAUUUCAAUGGUGUCAUACUAUGCUUCUUCAUCUGAGCCUGCCCAAGUUCGUGGAAAAACUGUCUAUAUCCAGUAUUCUAAUAGGCAAGAAAUUACGAAUAACAAGAGUACUGGAGAUGUUCCUGGGAAUGUCUUGCUGGUCACUAUUGAAGGUGUUGAAUCUGGGGAUGUCAGCAUUGAUGUGAUUCAUUUGGUGUUCUCUGCUUUUGGGUUUGUGCAUAAAAUUGCAACAUUUGAAAAAGCUGCUGGCUUUCAGGCACUAAUCCAGUACACAGAUGCGGAGACUGCUGCAAGUGCAAGAAAUGCAUUGGACGGAAGAAGCAUUCCUAGGUACUUACUACUUGAACACAUUACAACUUGCCAUUUGCGGAUCACAUAUUCGGCCCAUACAGAUUUAAGUAUAAAGUUCCAGUCACAUCGUAGCAGGGACUACACAAAUCCCUUUCUUCCUGUGAACCCUUCAGCAAUUGAGGGUUCUGUACAGCCACUGCUUGGUCCUGAUGGAGUGAAAAAGGAGACUGAAAGUAAUGUCCUUUUGGCUUCCAUAGAGAAUAUGCAAUAUGCUGUGACAGUUGAUGUUCUACAUACAGUCUUCUCCACCUUUGGAACUGUGCAGAAGAUUGCAAUUUUUGAGAAAAAUGGUGGCAUGCAGGCAUUGAUACAAUAUCCUGAUGUGACAACUGCUUCAAUUGCCAAGGAAGCUUUGGAGGGACACUGCAUUUAUGAUGGUGGUUAUUGUAAGCUUCAUUUGACAUAUUCUCGUCAUACUGAUCUCAGUGUUAAGGUGCAUAAUGAUAGAGGCAGAGACUACACUGUUCAGGACACUGGUGUACUAAUGACGUCCCAAGCUCCUAGUUUGCCGACCACUACUGGUUGGCAAGUUCAUCCUCAAUCUACAACCACAUAUAUUGGCAAUGAUUUCACAGCUACAGGACAAGUGACAGUUCCGCAUGGCCAAGUGACGACAUGGAAUCCUAGCUUGUCAAGUGGAAGCUUUGCCUCAGCUUCUAACAUGUUCCCCAGUCAGACAUUUGCAACACCUGUUUCCCAUUACCCAGUUUCAACCACUUCCAGUGCUCCUUCUGCGCUGCUUCAAGCUUCACAGGAGUCAUCUCAAUAUGGUCUUCUGGCAAAUGCACAGCCUGCUGCUGCACCAACCACCCAGCCUCCAUACUACACUACAUAAGCUGCAUCUUCUCAUAUUUUUUUAGGCCUCUGGACUCCACAAGUGAAGCUGCCUUGGACAUUUUCAAUAUUCACUCUACCAUCCUGUGCUCUUUCUCAACUUCACCCUCACCUUUAAAUGGACCUCUAAGAUACAGAACUUUGGAGCUGUAGAAAAGUUUCUUAGUAGGAGCCUUAUUAGCUACUCAA